AUUGCCUCGUGUUGGACUUUAAGAUAAUCUCUCACGUGUGAAUUCAGGGAAAGUAAAAGGCGACAAUCGCAGCAAGGGGUAAACACGAAUCUCGAAACAAGACCAAUUGUCAAAGACCCGAGAUCCUCAUCAUCCGACGGCUUUAAGAUUAUCACCUGUAAAAACUAGGGUUGAGAAUUUCCCAGAAAUCAAAUUCUGAAUAAAUUCGCUCCUUCCCAUCUCUUGCUCGACGAAAUCAUGCUAUACUAUUGAAACUCUUUGAUUGCAUUGGAGAAUCAGUUUCAAUGGUUCUCUCAUUAGAGGACUUCCUUAUUCGUGGCCGGGUACUGAAGCUGUACAGACAAGCAUUGAGAAUCUCAAAUAGAGCACCUUCUCAUGCUAGAGCUGAUUUGAGGCAGAUUAUUAGACAAGAGAUGGAGAAUAACAGGAGUUGCAAUGACAAGCAGAGAAUUCGGUUCUUGAUUAGUGAAGGAUUGGAAAGAGUUAAACGUUUGGAUGAGACGCUUGAUAUGCAAGGCCAUUGAUUUGACGCAGAUUGUCCAAUAUUCUUCAAUUUUAUGUUCCUCUUGUAAGUUGUAAACAUGAUUUUGAAUGCUGUUUUUUUCUAUUGGAGAACCAAAACUGAAAUUUUCAUUCAUAGGGUGUACUGCUCCGACAGCUAGUAGAACUAGAAGACAAUUCUUAUUUUUAUGGAGGAAUGAGGUUAAUCAAAAAAAAAAAAAAAGUACAGUAGUAACACAAAAGAGGAAGAAAAUCAGAGAGUGGGAAGGGAGAUGGGGUUAAAGGCACUGCCUUUCUCAUUUGGGGCACGCUUUCUAGCAUUAGUUGCCGCAAUUAUGGUGUUGGUUUGGUCUAUUCACUUUAGAGGUGGCUUAGCUUGGGAAGCUGAUAACAAAAAUCUCAUUUUUAAUUGGAUUUAUGGCUUUGUGGUGUUUUUCUACCCUGGGGGUAGUGAUGCAGUUAGACGUGAUUCACUUCCGUGGCAUGUGCUUUUCAGGAUGUUUGUGUAUGUAAUGGCUGUUGGCAAUGCCUGUCUAGGAUUCCUUGAGAAGCUUACAUUCCUUGAGGUUAACGGUUUGGCUAAAUAUGGUUCUGAGGCUUUCCGAGUCAACUUUACUGCCAUUGCUACAGUUUUAUAUGGGGUCUUUGUGUUUCUGACCAGUCUUUCUCAGGCAGGAGCCUGAGGAUGAUUAUAGUUACUCUGCCAUCUCAUGAGUUCCACUCAACUAUUGUUGCCUAUUGUGUUCUAUUGCACUUGGACUAGCAGAUACUCUUAUUGGUGCAUCUACCUUUCUACUUUGCGCUUCUUGUCUUGAUAUCUUUGAUUAUCUACCUGUAUAGUGGAGUAUGAUCCGAUUUCCUUGCACUAUUGUAAUCAUGCAGCUCCAUCAAUCUUGAUGUGUAUGUUAUUAUAUGGGAGCUAAGAUUUGUAUUUAAAGGAUUGUCGUUGGAAGGCUUGAAUACUUCUUUUUUAACUUCUUUUUGCUCAAUUGUCUGGAUUUCUUUGACACUGUUGACUUCUUAGUCCAUAUAUACCAUUCUUGUGUAAUUGCAUAACGAUACUCUUAUUGCUGGUUCCUGCA